AUGGAUCUACGGCGCCACAUCCCAUGGCUCGGUGGCUCGCCGGCUUGGCCGAUGGAAGUGGGAUAUCCCCACGAGGAGGAGCGUGGCCUCCCUGACCCGUGGGACCGUCGUCGUCGAAUGCAAACCGCUGCCGAGACAACGUGGGCAAGGCGACGAGGAUCGGGCGCCCCCGAACCAAAGCCUCAAGUUCCUAACCAACGUAACUAA